AAGAUGGAACCGAUCACUUUGUUGAGUCAACCAUUCCGUCAACAUGUGGACACCGUAUCCAUGCUCAUGAAGGUGGCUGUGGUUCAAUAAUCUUUGAAUACAACUCGGGUACUCUGUUUACUGGUGGGCAAGACCGAGCAGUAAAAAUGUGGGACACCAAUAGCGGGACGUUAAUCAAAAGCUUAUUCGGUUCGUUGGGGAAUAUACUUGAUCUUGCCGUAACCCAUGACAAUAAAUCCGUCAUCGCAGCAAGCAGCUCAAACAAUUUGUUUGUGUGGGAUGUAAGCUCGGGUAGAGUACGCCAUACACUCACAGGCCACACCGAUAAGGUUUGUGCUGUGGAUGUGAGCAAAUUCUCCAGCCGACAUGUUGUCAGUGCAGCAUAUGACCGUACCAUAAAACUUUGGGAUUUGCAGAAAGGUUACUGCACUAACACCGUACUCUUUACCAGUAACUGCAAUGCAAUCUGCCUCAGCAUAGAUGGGCUUACCGUAUUCUCAGGCCACAUGGAUGGGAAUCUCAGGUUAUGGGAUAUUCAAACUGGGAAACUUCUGUCUGAAGUAGCUGGACAUUCUUCUGCUGUGACCUCGGUAUCAUUGUCCCGGAACGGUAAUAGGAUCUUGACGAGCGGGAGAGACAACGUGCAUAAUGUAUUCGAUACCCGGACUUUAGAAAUAUGUGGGACACUGAGAGCAUCAGGGAACAGAUUGGCAUCGAAUUGGAGCCGAUCAUGUAUAAGUCCAGAUGAUGAUUAUGUGGCCGCGGGAUCUGCGGAUGGGACGGUUCAUGUAUGGUCACUGUCUAAAGGUAAUAUAGUGAGCAUUCUCAAGGAGCAAACAUCUCCUAUACUGUGUUGUUCUUGGAGUGGGAUCGGGAAACCAUUGGCAUCCGCUGAUAAGAACGGAUACGUUUGCACAUGGACAUGAUUAUGAUACAGUUUGAACACACUGGUUUGUUAACUCAAUGCGUCGUAUGCUUCCCAAAAGGAUGGAUAUAUGGGCGUGUAUACUUUUGUCUCGUGGUGAAUACUUUCCCUCUAAAGAACUUGCAUUUGAUGAAAUGUUUCCUACCGUAUAUAAUUGUUUUCUAAGGUUCAUUUCAGUUUAUAGCUCAA